GAGAAAACACUUGAUAUCGCCUGUCUCCUCCAGGACUGAACCCACAGCCUCCGCCUGGCAUGCCGUUCCAUCGCCGAGCAUCCACCAGGAUUCGUUCUUCCUUCAGGGAAUCUCGACAGGCCGUUCACAGGGCAUCCAUGAGGCUGAGCCAAAGGAGAAGAAGGCCGCGGCCCGGUCCCGCUGCGGACACCGGCACUUCAGCAGAUCGACCCGAAGUAACCCACAUCACUGGACCGCCGCCCUUCGUGAACGGCCCCCGAUCGCUACGCAUACGUCCGCCCCAGCCGUCUGUCAAUCCCCAGAGCGAGCCGCCCGCGCCCUCUACCAACGGCUACCGCGCAGGGCCUUCUCGGGACUCGGCUUACGAAAAGCCGACAGACGAACGCAAGGCUUAUCCCCCCGUUUCACCCUCUCAUGUCCUCACGCCAAAGUCGGAGGUCAGACGGUACGCGCCGUUCAGUUCUCAACAGGCAAUGAAGGAGGAACAAAUACGAAAUCCUGCUUUCAAUCCCGAGUAUGACCCUUUGAAGUCUGCAGCUUUUUCGCAACCUCAGCUGCACGUUCCCAGCCACAACCGCCACUUCCCUCCUCCCGAUUCAAGUGGUCCUUCACCUCAGACUUUGCAACACUAUGGAGGAAGACAUUUACCUCAACCACAGCAACCCAAGGGCUCUCUCCACCAGGGAUACGGCUACACAAGAGGACCCCCGCCGCAGAGUCUUGAGGGACCCCCACCACAAGCCCCAAGAGGACCCCCACCACAAGCCCCAAAAGGAACCCCAUCACAAGCCCCAAGAGAACCAGCAUCACACACUCUCAGGGGACCGCAGCCAUUUAACUUCAGGGGAAUCCCAUCACACAAUCCCAACUACUCUAGAGGACCUCCGCCCCAAGGGCCAAGUUACGCGGGCUCUCCAAGGAACCCUGUGACUUCAAGUCGGACGCGAGCCCCCAUGCCUCUAGGAUUCGGAGGAAAUUUUCACGGAAAUUCCCGCGUUUACCGUAAUCCGGACACUAAAAUAGAUGAGACAAUCAUUUAAGUCUUACGUAUGUUUUUUUUUUUUUCAUGCUAUCUCCUCCUCGUAGUAUUAUUCCCUUCCCUUGACUGAGAUCACGUCUCCGGGAACAGCGACAGGCCAUUAUAUCAAAGGCCUGGGAACACAUCUGCUCCUGUUGCUUCUGAGGCAAUUGUGUGGUUUCAGAUUUCAUCCCUCUAUCUCCUUCCUUGCAUUCCUUUUGUAACGUAUUUAAGACCUCAUCACUUCACCCUUUAAAUAUCUGUCUUCCUCCAGAUUUGGAGAUAUCUCCUCGCCGUUUUUUCUCUAUAUUGCUUCACUCUUUUAGUAUUGUUAAAGUUCCGAAACAUCUACUCGUUUCUCAGUUUCUCUUUCACUCGCAUUUCGCAUUUUUGUUGGGCUUGUUUUCCUAGACUUUGGGAUUUCUUUUCUUUUCGCAUUAUGUUGGUUCAGUGUUGUUUCGUCCUUUUGAUUCCGUCAGUAAUAUUUUUCUUGUUUGAUUAUUUACAUUGGCAACUGUUGUUGGAAAGAUUUAAUCAAUAUAAACCUGUUAGAUUACUGUAAUUAAAAAGUGAAUGCAUAA